GAACUUUAGUUGCCUUUGACUACGAAACUGGAAGAUGUAAUGAAAAGGUGAUUCAUUGUGUCCAAUGUUCCUUUAAUCACGGAAUUGUUUACUAAAAACUAACACCACCAAGUACCAAUCUUUCUGAGCGACCAAUAUUGGGAGAGAGAGAGAGGGAGUGAGUGAAGUGUUCACACUGUGUAUUGUAGUGGCAACAACACUUACACAGAGAAGCACUUUUCUUCUUCAUCAACAAUGUUUCAAGCAACCUACAUUUUGCUCUUCUUCUCCGUUCUGUCCUCGUUUUUACCACAUGGAACAGCAGCAUUCAACCUCACUCUCCCAGGGCAACAUCCAGACCCGGAAGCUGUUGCCACACAAGUUCAUAGGAGGGUGAAUGCUUCAAUGGGAAGAAGGGAAAUGCUGAGAUUGUCAGAGAAAGAUGUGGCAUCAUGUCUUACAGGUAACCCGAUUGAUGAUUGUUGGAAGUGUGACCCAGAUUGGGCCAACAACAGACAGAGACUGGCUGAUUGUGGAAUUGGGUUUGGGCAGAACGCAAAGGGUGGAAAAGGUGGAGAAUUUUACAUAGUCACGGAUUCAUCUGAUGAGGACCCUGUGAACCCAAAACCAGGAACACUUAGAUAUGCAGUGAUACGGAAUGAACCACUGUGGAUCGUGUUCCCCAGUAACAUGAUGAUUAAGCUCUCUCAGGAACUCAUUUUCAAUAGUUACAAAACCAUUGAUGGCCGUGGUGCUGAUGUGCACAUCGUGGGUGGAGGUUGCAUCACUCUUCAGUAUAUUAGCAAUGUCAUUAUUCACAACAUUCACAUCCACCAUUGCCAUCCUUCUGGUAAUGCUAACGUGCGGUCGAGUCCAGAGCACUACGGGUACCGAACUGAAUCAGACGGCGAUGGAAUCUCAAUCUUCUCGUCGCGCGACAUUUGGAUCGAUCACUGCACGCUAUCCCGGUGCAAGGAUGGCCUGAUCGACGCGGUGAUGGGUUCGACGGCAAUAACGAUCUCAAACAACCACUUCUCGCACCACAACGACGUGAUGCUCUUAGGCCACAGCGACCACUACCUGCCAGACUCGGCGAUGCAAGUGACGAUCGCGUUCAACCACUUUGGAGAGAAUCUGGUGCAGCGCAUGCCGCGUUGCAGACUAGGUUACAUUCACGUGGUGAACAACGACUUCACGCGAUGGGAGAUGUACGCGAUCGGGGGAAGUGGGAGGCCUACUAUUAACAGCCAGGGGAACCGCUACACUGCGCCGGAGGAUCCGUACGCAAAGCAGAUUACGAAGAGGCUGGACGCCGGAGAAGGGGAGUGGAGCGGCUGGAAUUGGAGGUCGGAAGGGGAUGUGAUGCUGAACGGCGCGUUUUUCGUGGCCUCAGGAGGUGAGGCCGGCACUGACUACCAAAAUGCGUACAGCGUUGAGCCUAAGAACGUGGAUCGUAUCUCGCUUCUCACCAUGUCCGCCGGUGUGCUCGGCGUUGCCAGGGACAAUAAUCUGGGAAUGUGGACGAGAGGAGCCAAUGAUGGUGGUGUAUAUUUUUCAGAUACAGGCCCAGAAUACACGGAUGACAUGUCCCAGAGUACAAUGCCGCUGCCACCUUCACGUAUUUUCCCUCUUCUCUCUGCAUUUCUUGCUUUAUUGUGCCUCUUAUUUCAUACAGUUACCUUAACAACACUUCUAUAGCAAAAUGAGUUGUAACCAAUCGAAUACGAUGAUGUUUGUUGUCUCUGUUGGAAUGACUUGAGACUAAAUAUUUUCCUCCAUCAUCA